GACUCUGUAGUUAAGGAGGAGGCGUCAAUUAGUAAAAUCACGCCGACUCGUGUCUGGUUAUUUUUUCCGGAAGGGGAUUUAUAAUGCAUGCUUAAACCCGCUUGUAAACUUGAGUCGUAAUUGCGACCUUACGAUUCGCUGAACUGUCACGCCCCUAACGAAUUUUUAAUGCACCCAAAAUCGUUUAUAAACAAAGACUCCCCGCCAGUUCCAAUUGCAGGUUUAGUGUUCAUUAGGAUAUGCAGGCGCUUUUUUAACGCGAUUAUGACGUCGCAGGGUUGGACAGCCGAGGGUUGCGAGGAGGGCUGCGUCACGUGCGAGGUCCGCACUCCGCAACACCACGCAUGCGAGACCGCGGGGCGCCGCCAGCGCCUGCGCGAUCCGCCGGCAGUCAGUCCACCGCCGGCCGCCGCGCGCCCCGCCUGUGCCCCGCGCGCCGCGAGUGCUUCAAGUGAUGUCGCUCUGUGACUAGUGCCAUGCUCGUGCUCCGCUGUGCCCUGCUGGCGGCACUGCUCGCCGCCGCCGCCGCCGCCUGGCAGGAGAACGUGCGCCCGAAAGUCUUCGCCCAACUAGGCGUGGACGACACACACAAGUUUUUGGGCAACGAAACACACACAGACUACUUCAGAUUAUUACUAAGAGACGGCAACUAUCUGCUCGUCGGAGGAAGAAAUGUGGUGUACAACCUCAGUUUGACCGACUUGACAGAACAGCGUCGGCUGGUUUGGUACUCGCCGGAGAAUGACGUCAAAAUGUGUGUCGUUAAGGGGAAGGACGAGGAGAGUUGUCAAAACUACAUCCGCGUGCUCGUGUCCCUGGGCACGGGCCGGCUCCUGGUCUGCGGCACCAACAGCUUCCGGCCCUUCUGCCGCGAGUACGGCGUCCAGCGCGACUCGUACCACAUGGAGAAGGAGAAAUCCGGCCAGGCGGUCUGCCCGUACGAUCCGGAACACAACUCCACGGCUGUGUGGGCUGAUGGAGAGCUAUACUCUGGCACAGUGGCAGACUUCAGUGGCAUGGAGCCAAUCAUCUAUCGGGAGCCUUUACAAACAGAAUCAUAUAACUCGCUAACUUUAAAUGCUCCCGACUUCGUGAAUUCAUUAGUACAUGGGAACUUCGUGUAUUUCUUCUUCAGAGAAACAGCUGUUGAAUAUAUCAACUGCGGAAAGUCGGUAUUUUCCCGCGUGGCCCGCGUGUGCCGCGACGACCGCGGCGGGCCGCACCGCUUCAAGCAGCGGUGGACGUCCUUCCUCAAGUCCCGGCUCAACUGUUCUGUGGCCGGCGACUUCCCUUUCUACUUCAAUGAGAUUCAAUCAACGACAGAGUUAAUAGAAGGCGUUUACGGUGGUUUAAGCGCCCAACUGAUCUACGGCACUUUCACGACGCCGCCUAACAGUAUAUCGGGGAGCGCCGUUUGUGCCUUCAGUAUGCAAGACAUCGCUGACACUUUCGAGGGCACUUUUAAAGAACAGAGUGCUAUUAACUCCAAUUGGCUGCCCGUCAAUGGUGCAAAGGUACCCGAGCCGAGACCAGGAACCUGCCAGAACGAUUCGCGGCAGUUGCCAGACCAGACGCUAGAAUUCAUCAAAACCCACGCCCUGAUGGAUGAAGCGGUACCCGCGUUCUUCGGCGAGCCUAUCGUCAUAAGAACCAGUUUUCACUAUCGGUUUACGCAGAUCGCUGUAGACCCACAAGUGAAAACGCCAGGAGGAAAAUCCUACGAUGUACUGUUUAUAGGAACAGACAACGGCAAGAUUAUAAAAGCCAUCAACGCCGCGUCGUACGACUCCAACAAGCGCUCGGUGCCGGUGGUGAUCGAGGAGCUGCAGGCCUUCGCGGCCGGCUCGCCCGUGCGCGCGCUGCGCGUGGCGCGCGCCGGCCGCGACGCGGCGCGCCUCAUCGCCGUGUCCGACCGCGAGGUGCUCAGCCUCCGGCUCCAUCGGUGCUCCAGCGACAAGAUCAGCUCUUGCUCUGAAUGCGUGGCUCUCCAAGAUCCUUAUUGCGCCUGGGACAAGCAGGCGGGUCGGUGUCGUGCCAACUCUCAUGGUGUUAGUCGGUGGCUAGACGAGAAUUCUUUCUACCAAAGCGUCAGCACUGGCAGCCACGCCGCUUGUCCGCACAGUGGCAAAGAUGCUGGUGCAGUAGGAGGUCUGAGUUCCGGUCUCUACGACGAUGCUAGAGGCGAAACCAAAGGCGAGGUCAUCAACAUUGUACAAGACAAAGAGGGCAAAGGAAACAACAAUAAUGAAGGUCCAGAGGUGCUCGCGGCCGACCCGCCGCCCGCGGCGUACUCCGUGGAGACGCUGGCGCUGGCCGUGGCCGCCGGCGCCCUGGCCGCGCUGGGCGCCGGCUUCGCGGCCGGCUACAUCUGCGGCCGCCGCUGCAAGAAGGACGAGGACGACAACAUGCCGUACCCCGACACAGAGUACGAGUACUUCGAGCAGAGGCAGAAUAUUAAUAGGAUCCAAGCCGAACCCAAGCUCCUCCAACAAGUGGAAGAAGUGACAUACGCGGAGCCGGUGCUAGCGCCGCAGCCGAAGCCGGCGUCGCCGCGCGCCACGCUGCGCAAGCACCCGCCGUACCACCCGCACCACGAGACGCUCUUCCAAUUCCAACCGGACGCCUACCGACGUGACAAUUUCGGCACGCUGCGAUCGCAUCAGGUCAAUGGCGACGGCUACCGGCGCGGCAACGACAACGGCUUCUCGACCACGCGCUCCGUGAAGAAGGUGUACCUCUGAGAAACGAGCGGGGCGGACGCGCGCGACCAGAUGCACCAUCACAAGCAUAAUACGCACCACCACCAUACGUUGGUGUCGCAGCGCAGCAGCGGGUCCGGGUCGGCGACCGGCAGCGGCGGCGGCUCGAGCUCGUCGCCGUCGCCGCCGUCGUCGUCGCCGUCGCCGUCGGGCGAGCGGCCGCCCACGCCGCCGCCGCCCGCGCCGCAGCCCUGCGCCUACAUCUACCGCAACUAGCGCGCCUCGCCCCCGCCCCGCGCCCCCGCCGGGCCCUACACUCCACCUGAAGUGAAGUGAGAACGUUCCCGACUCUAAUUGUUAGACCUCUUUUGUUAUCGCUGAAGUGAAAGCGCCGCCCGGUGACGGACUUCUCUUCCGGAUUAAAUACGUACCGGUGAUGACCCACAUUCUAAAGUUUCGAUCGGAAGUGUGACAAAAAUAAUGUAUUUUUUUUAAGACGGGAUUAUCGAUUGGUAAAAUUAAGAUGAGUAAUGUAACAAAUUGUAGAUUCUCUAGUUAUAGUUUACUAAUAAUUUAGGCGAAGAUAUAAGUUUUUGUUGAUAAUGUUGAUGACUAGUUAAUGUGAAAUUGUGCGUGUCAUUGCAGAUUUUGGUUUACUUUAAGUCUGUGUAAAGGGCAACUAAAAUAUCUAGUCUACCACCUACUCAAAUGUCUUGAUACGGAUUUUAUUUUCAGUGAAAUUGAGAAAAGCCAAGUUUUUUUGUAAUAAUUAACAGCGUAGGUAUUUCUGUUGCAUCUAAAGAUGUAUCGGUUGGACAACUUUGUGUCAAUAGCUUGAAGAAAUAUGCAAUGAUUCCGCAAGUCGCUUUUUACAUAACUACGUAUUUGUAGCGGUACGUCAAUAAGUAUAGGGAGGGCGUUGUCUCAUUCUGGAGUUCUAGCGAUACUACUAGAGUAAACGAUGAUUAUAACGUAUAGUUGAAACACAAAAUAUGAUAUAAAUUAUAUUACCGUGUAUAAACGAUAUGUAAAGUUCUGAAACUUAUUCAUUCAUUAAAGUGCUUCUUAUGGGUGUAUUUAGAUGAUUAUUGGAUCGUUUUGAUAAUUAAAUAUUCGAUAAUGUUAUAGAUUUAGUGAUGUAUACAUAGGUACCUACAUAGCGUUAAGGGGCACAGUGCUGCCGCAUGCCAAUUUAGAUUGUUGGUGCGUCGAAGUAAGUUACAACCUGUAACUGUGAUCAUUCUGUACAUACAUUCUGUUACCACUUCUCAAUUUGUAGUCUACGGGUCGUGUGUAAAUUUAAAUUUCCAGAAAAGUGGGCCAAACUAUUAAACAUUCUUGACAAUUUCUUGCUGCUAAAUUAAACCACCGAAGGGCUGAACAGACAGAGUAACAUCUGAGAUAGCUUCAUACAACCGUAGGUACAUAUGCGCUACAUGGUCACAGACAAUGACGGCUUGUCGAAGAUUUGUCUUACACGAUUCUAUGCCGAGAGUAGAAACUACCUAAUAUGAUCUCGUCUCUCAGUACUCUGUUGGUUUACUCCUCUGUGCGAAUACUUAGGUACGAUGUUUGAAAACGCUUAAUAUUUACGUUUUCGCGUACAGUCGACGUCAAAGAUAUGUUACAUUUUUUGCCUUAUUAUAAAAGAGUAAGGUGCAAAAUUGUAAACAUCUUUAACGUCGACUGUACCUAUAUUGGACCCCGCAUUAGUGUUCAAAUCAUCUUCGCUCAUUGUUGACAAUUGAAUGUAUGUAAAAAAAUGUCAAUUCUAUUUGUAAUGACUUAGUGCCUAAGUAUGUGGCAGGAUUGUAAUUGAUAUUACAUGACUCAGAUUUCCUUUGAACUGAUGUUAGAAUGAGAUAGACGCAUUAGAGUAGCGGUUACAAUAGAAGGUUGAGGCGUGGAGACCGCAGUGUUACGUAGAUAUUUUUAUACGCCAUAAAUAAUUAUAGAGGCAUUCUCAAGAUGGCCUUGUUCAUACCUACUCAUGAAUAUCCGCAUUUGGACUUAAUAAUUUGACAUUUUCUACAUUUAAGCAGAGACGAGUAAAUGGUAAAGCCUGGUAGUCUGCAUACAAAGUUGCGUUCCUCCAAAACAAUGUUUCAUUUGAUACCGUCCGUACACUGUAAAAGUCUCUUGCCAUGCAUUUUGUCGUCCCCAUAUAUGACGCUGUUAUUACACCACUUAAUACUCCUUAAAUUAAAUAAGUUUCAUAUGAUAGCGUUCUAACAUUCCUAAGCGACAACCUUAAUAUACUGAGAUUUCUUAUAGUGGCGCCAUCUGGUGUAACUCUGGAGAAAUCGCAACUUUGUGUUGAGAUUAGUAUUCUUUAUAUUUACUUGUCUGUGAUGUGAAACGUUUGAGUAUUCCACUUGGCGCUUGCAACGACAGUUCAUUGAGAAUAUUGAGAUCUCUAAAACAUUUUUUAGGGAAAUCGUUACGAGAAACAAGUAGACUACACUCUUUAUGAUACCAAAGAUGCCAUGAGUUGUACUAUACGUAGAAUAGUGGUUUAUUUAUACUAAUGUAACCAACAUUACAUUCAAUUACUGAUAACGUUGAUUUGUGUUGUCUAGGGAAAUGGGGCCUUAACGCAACUUGCGGGAAACCACAAAGUGCACUAUGGUCCCUUUUUCCAGAGUACGACACGUUUACAUAUUUUGUAAAUGUACUGCCGAUUAGUGUCAACUAUGAAUUCAUAUAUAAUUAUUUAAGUUUAGUUUACCAAAGUCAACGCACAGUUAGAUUUAUUGUUAAUUUAACAUGUGUUAAGUGAAUAGAUGCUUUACACUGCCAGUGUUGUUUGUUUAUGUUUACGGACUUUGGAAAUGGUAACCUAUAGCGAAAGUACACAAAAUAACGACAAAAUAGUGCU